AUGGCUGUAAUGGUUUCAUCGAUUAUUCCGUCCAUCUCUAUGUAUACUACCUGUAACAGGUUGGCUGUUAUGGCUUCAAUUGGUAAAAAGCAAUUAGCUAAAUAGUCAAAUACAUUUACUAACUAUCUAAGUCGGUAACGAUGAAAUUCGCUAAUUACGAUGUCAGUCAGAAUUAUCACUAAGAUAGACCGGAAAUCGAGCGGACCUUCCGACAAUAACUCAAAGUUCAAACGAAUAUCAAUUUCUCAGAUCACAGCGAGGGUGGUAGAUGGUCUCUGACUGUCGAACGCGGAGGUACCACCCGGCGGAUCUCGUAGGCGAAGCCAGAAUGUGUGCAUGUUGCAUGCACACGUGUUCCCUCGCCAGAGUCCGUGUGGU